AGUCCAUGGUGGUAGAUAGCCUUCACUGCAGGGGUUGCCUUUCAUCAGCAGGAUCCUGACAUUUUAAAAGUUAAGGUGGAUUUUGUGGCCUUUAGCUAUGGUGAUAAAUGGUACUGCAAAGGUGGCGAGAAGGUCCAGGAAGAUAGAAAUCAUUGUGGAAGCAGCGGAGCAGUUGCUGGGGCUGAAAGAUUUCUCUGCGAGGGAGUUAAUUGGAAUAUUGUCACAAGGCCCUAGAGCCUGAGAAGGGAGAUAUGGAGAAUUGAAGGAAGAAGUACGAGUUUUGUUUUGCUAAUGUACUAUUUUUAUUUGGGUGGAUUAAGUUAGUUUCCCUAUCACGUAUGGGUUUUCCUUUUACCUUGUUUUGGUUUCAACCCGUCCAGUUGGUGGCGACAAUAGACCCUUUUGUGUUGUAGCCCGCCAUCAAACCCACAGAAGAAGAGGCUUCUGGUGUGUUCAAACGUUUCUGGUCCAGCGAUAGAAGGGGAUAGCUAGCUGAUCAUGGCUGAAGAAGAACCCCCAGGUGGCGCCCAGCAGGUACUGCGUCGUCUGAAGCCCAAGUUGAUCGAUACUCUAAGUGCAGACCCUGCCUUUGUGCUGCAGCAUGCAGACUCCCUCAGCCUACUGGCCCGGCAUGAGUACAAGCAGGUCAAAGCCCUCACUGACCCAUCAAAACAAGCCCAGGACCUUCUGGACCAUGUGAUCAACAAAGGACCCACUGCUGCAGAGCAGCUUCUGCAGCUCCUGACGGGCAAAGAAAUGCAGGAUACGUUUCCCAACCUUCUGUUCCUCAAGGAACUGCCAGUGAAUGAUCAAAGAGCUGCAGGUGAAAAAGGUACAGGGGGAAAUGAAGUUACCAGAAAGAGAGGACAAACAUUUGAGUCCGAAGAGAACCUUCCCGCUAAACAGACAUGCAAGGAUGGCUCUAAGAUGGUGGUGGAGAAGGAUCUGAUGCGUGUGGCUCGAAAUAUCGGUCGCUCCUGGAGGUCAAUUGGUACAGGGGCCCUAGACAUCCCCUCUGUCAAGCUGGAUCAGAUCCUGGAGGACUAUCCACACAGCCAUGUGGACCGUGUGUUCGCCAUGCUGCGCUACUGGAGCACACUGAAACGGCAGGAGGCCACGGCGGCCAAUCUCCACUCCCUGCUCAGCCAGGACGACUGGGCCCUGCCGCCAGACAGCAUAGACUUUCUCCUGGACCCCAUCUUAGACCCGUAGCAGUCUGGCCUUACUUCUAACCCUUAGCUGCUAUUGCAUAAUUUCCACUGCAGGGAUUUACCACAGUGCUUGGCCUCAGACUUUAGUGUUCCAUGGUUGAGGUUUAGUGGGAAAAGGUUGUUAUCGGUGGGAUGUAAAACCCAGGUCUUCUGCAUGGUAACGCAACGUCUUUACCAUUAUACCAGGAGGAAAUCCUCAUGGUCAGACUGGGUGACAAUUUGUCUUACUUUUAUUUUUUUACCAGAUCAGCAAUUUUUUUAUAUUUUUUACAAAUAUCUUUUAUACUUUUGUUUUGCAUCAUCUCUUGUUUUGUUGCUUAUUUCUUUGUAAAAAAAUAUAUAUUACACUACCGUUCAAAAGUUUGGGGUCACUCAGAAAUGUCCUUGUUUUUUAAAGAAAAGCAAUUUUUUUGUCCAUUUGUCCAGAAAUACAGUGUAGACAUUGUUACGGUUGUAAAUUACUAUUGUAGCUGGAAACGGCAGAUUUCUUUAUGGAAUAUAGGUGUACAGACGCCCUUUAUCAGCAACCAUCACUCCUGGGGUCCAAUGGCACGUUGUGUUAGCUAAUCCAAGUUUAUAAUUUUAAAAGGCUAAUUGAUCAUUCGAAAACCCUUUUGCAAUUAUGUUAGCACAGCUGGAAACUGUUGUUCUGAUUAAAGAAGCAAUAAAACGGUCCUUUAGACUAGUUGAGUAUCUGGAGCAUCAGUGUAAUACUUUUUUUGCUGAUUCCAUGUGUCAUUUCAUAGUUUUGGUGUCUUCACUAUUACUCUACUAAAUAAAGAAAAACCCUUGAAUGAGUAGGUGCGGCCAAACUUUUGACUGGUUCAGUGUGUGUGUGUGUGUGUGUGUGUGUGUGUGUGUGUGUGUGUGUGUGUAUAUAUAUAUAUAUAUAAUUUUUGUAGUUGUAUAGUUAUUUUGUCUCAGGCAGGGCUACUCUGUUACAGGUACAUUAGCCAAUGAGUCAUAUCCAAUGCUAAUGGGCUAAAGCCUGAGACCUUUGUGUUUCCAUGGAUGAGGUCACCCCCCCACACACACAAAAAUUGUGCUGGCACCAGACACUACUUGCCUGUCUCACUCUUUCCUGACUCUUUAAUGUGGAUUUUAAUCUAAUUUUCAUUUUAUGGGGGGGUCCAUGUUCAAAAUAGAUUACAUGAUAUAUUCCACUAUGUGUACUGAUGACCUUUCUGAUUUCAUGUAGUUAUUGUUUCACUCUGGUCAGGUAAUUUUACUCACCCUUGAACCAUAAACCUAGUAAUGACAUUGUCAAGCUCAACACUGCAUUUUCAUGCAUGGUAAGAAUAUGGACUUUGUACUGUAGACUUCAUUCUUAAGGGUCUGGUGCUAUCUAUGUGGUGUUCAUUGUGAACAAGAUUUCAGUUUCUGAGAUUUGCACAGAUGACCAUUUACGACAUAGACCUACUGUGUUGUAUAUCCAGUUCCAAGGUAUGUUUGAAAUGUUUUGUACAACUUAAUCUUAUGGUUUGUUCUGUAACCAUUUUAACAGCCACAGUCUAAGAUGUUUAUUGCCAUAGGAGAUUUAUUCAAAUGAAUCCUGUUACUCUCUGGAAAUUGUUUUCUUCGAGUAUGUUACUACAGAGUACAGAUAUAUAAAUCAAGUGCUAUUUGCAUAUUAAAUUGUCAUGGGAUGCAUUUGCUCAAUUUUUUACCAAUAUUUUAUGGUAUGCACAUUUACAGACAGGCUUUUUAAGCCAUGCGUCAACUAGUGAGAUUCUGGAACCUGGUAUGGCGUUCCUCUCGCAAUAGCUGGAGGAAUCUGAGUGUUGUUUCGGAGCGAGGUGAUAUGGAAUUUUUGUGUUUGAUGGGGGCGAAGGUGUACAUCCAUAUUGUGCAGGGUUUUCAACCUGUGACUCAAUAUCUACGAUACAUUGAUGUUUCCUUCUGAACAUUUUGAUGUAAAAUAAAAACAUUGACCAGUAGUGCAAAAA